UACGAAUCCAAGUAUUCAACAGCCGUUGACAAAUCGAUCGGGCCUUGCACAACAGUCCACCAAUAACACUUUCGUUCAAUUGCCCACGCCCACCAUGCUUCCCUCACUCUUGUCUUUCGUUACUGCCACAGCCUUACUCUCUUCAGCUGUGUCGGCAGUCCCCGUCAACACUCACACUGCUCGCACACCCGCACCACAAUGGGCCGACUGGACGCAGCCUUGCACAGCCGAGACCAUCAAAACACGUGUGGACUUCAACAACAUGGCUCCCAUCGACCGCAAAGCCUACACCGAUGCCGUUAAGUGCCUGAUGGCUCAACCCUCUCAACUUGACCAGAGUCUGUAUCCCGCUGCCACCAAUCGGUAUAUGGACUACGCCGUCAUUCACGUCAACCGAACCCAGCAUGUGCACCUCGACGCCUUCUUCCUCACAUGGCACAGGUACUUCCUGUGGCUCUACGAGACCGACCUCCAACAGACCUGCGGCUACACCGGCGCGUUCCCGUACUGGAAUUUUGCAGAGACCGCCGACGACCCGCACAAGUAUCCCAUCUUCGACGGAUCCGAGUACUCGAUGUCCGGUGACGGUCUCUAUAACAACACCGGCCCGAUCACGCUAGGCGCUGAACUCACCAUCCCACACGGCACUGGCGGCGGCUGCGUGACCACGGGCCCGUUCGCCAACAUGAUUGCACCGCUGAAAUUCAUCGACCCUACCACGCUGACGACCGGCACUCUGCCAGACGAUGCCUUCGCCUACAACCCCAUUUGCCUGCAGCGCGAUCUGAACGCGUACGUGUCGCAGACAUACACCAACACCGCCCAGCUCGUGGCCGCAGCCCACGCCACCAACGCGAGCAACUUCGAGUACCUCCUCAACGGCGUGAUCGGCAGUUCAAGCCUGGGCAUCCACUCUGGCGCCCACUUCAGCGUCGGCGGACAGAUGAACUCGAUCCACGUGUCCGCACAGGAUCCCAUCUGGUACCCGCUGCACACCAUGAUCGACCACGUCUACACCAGCUGGCAGGUCAACUACCCGGACCUCGCGGACCAACUGGACGGCAGCACGGGCACGGCUCUGAACACUCCGCCCAGCGACGUCGUCACCCUGGACACGAUCGAGCCUGAUUGGGGUUACUUCCAGCUUGCCUCGAUCCCCGUGCGCGAUCUGAUCAGCACGACCGCUGGGCCCUUUUGCUACCAGUACGAUGUUAUCAUUUCCUAAAGUUUUUGCACGCAGCACGAUGUGAAAACCAUACUAGUAUGGUUUGGAUGGAGGAAAAAGUAAUGCAUAGCCAAAUGCAUUGGCCGUGUCAUUGAGAGGAAGCUUGGGCUACAAAAUGGGAUAUCGAGUAAUGAGAAUGACUGGCACGCAGCAUACAAUACGAGUAAUGUACAAACUAAAAC